GUCGGUCCCUUCUGGACGAAGGAGACGUCAGUUACCUUCCCCCCUUCCCCUCCUCCUCCUCCUCCUCCUCCUCCUCCUCCUCCUUUUUGAACCUCUGCUCUUCAAAGUUUGCUAUGUAGACAAGACGAUAUCAACGGCUGAAGAGAGAUUGAGGGAUUGAUUGGCAGUAGUGAGGUGGCACGCUGAGGAGCCGCCACGUGGAGCAGAGGUGUUAAGCAGCCGCCAACGGGCGCGAGUGCGCUGUCGCUGCUGCGUUUGCCGAGCGGAGACAGGUGACAGGCGACAUGUUCUCUGAGUUGGCAGGCAGCGCGAUGGCGGCGGGCACGUCGGCGGUUUCCCCAAGUGGGAGGGAUCUCUACAUGCGCGGCGGAAGCGAUUCCGCCGCCGCCAGAGCGCCGUACUUGCUCCACGGCUUCGCGGCAGCCACUGCCAUGAAGACCCCUCUUCCUCAAUCUCUCCUUCAGGCGGGAAGGCCGGGUAUGGAAGAAGCUAUGAUGCCGUUCAUUGCCGCGCCUAAGGAAGGGAAAGACGGCAAAGGGCUUACUCCCGCUCAGUCCUUCGCGGUCGACUUGCUGGCUGGCGGUGUCUCCGGUGGCAUUUCGAAGACUGCGGUCGCGCCUAUCGAGCGUGUAAAGCUUCUGCUCCAGACCCAGGACAGCAACAAGCAGCUCACCGCCGACAAGAGGUAUACUGGAAUCGUUAAUUGUUUCUCGAGGGUGGCGAAGGAGCAAGGCGUGAUGUCGUUUUGGAGGGGUAAUUUGGCGAAUAUCAUCAGGUAUUUCCCCACUCAGGCGCUCAACUUCGCAUUCAAAGACACGUACAAGCAGAUCUUCUGUCCGUACGACCCGAAGAAGGAGUUUUGGAAGUUUUUUGGCGGGAAUCUGGCCUCCGGUGGCGCCGCCGGCGCCACUUCCCUGCUCUUCGUCUACCCACUCGAUUUCGCGCGAACUCGGCUUGCGGCUGAUGUCGGGAAAGGCGCUGAUCGACAGUUCACCGGGCUGGGGAAUUGCAUCUCCACCAUCCAUAAGAGCGAUGGCCUCAAGGGUUUGUAUCAAGGAUUCGGUGUCUCGGUGCAGGGUAUCAUCGUCUACCGAGCCGCGUUCUUCGGAGGCUUCGACACAGCGAAGGGGGUCUUUCUCCAAGACCCGAAGAACGCGCCGGUGUGGCAGAAGUGGGCCAUCGCGCAGACGGUAACGGCUGGCGCUGGCAUGGUGUCGUAUCCGUUUGACACCGUUAGGCGGCGGCUGAUGAUGCAGUCGGGCUCGGGUGAGCAGAUGUACUCUGGAACUAUGGACUGCUGGAAGAAGAUCAUGAAGAACGAGGGACCGAAGGCAUUCUUCAAGGGAGCGUGGUCGAAUGUCAUCCGUGGUGCUGGUGGUGCGCUCGUGCUUGUACUCUACGACGAGAUUCAGAAGUCGGUUAAGGGCUAAGUAGUGAAGAUAAGAACAUCUGCGGAGAGAGAGAGAGAGAGAGAGAGAGAGAGAGAGAGAGAGAGAGAGAGAGAGAGAGAGAGAGAGAGAGAGAGAGAGAGAGGAUGCGGAGGGUAAGUCUGAUCGACCAUUGGUUCUGGGUUUCCCACUGAUUUUUCCUUACAUUGCGCCUGUCCUCUCCUUUGCGUAGUUACUGACCGACCAUUGGUUCUGGGUUUCUCAGUGAUUUUUUCUUUCUCCCUUGCGCGAGGUGGUUUUCUCCUUUGCGUAGUUAAGUCUUAGGUAGUACGCCUUGUCAAUCUUUCUGUGUGGAAUUCGUCUUUUUUUUUUGGUUCCAGAUGAUUUUUCUUCAAAAGUCUUCUGCAUUCACAUUUUAGUAUUUCUUUUUCUAGCGCACCAUGCUGUCCUCUGCAGGAGCAGGUUCUUACGGAGCCUCCCUGACUACUUUUUGGUAGUGUAGGGAUCUCCUCCUCUCAUUACUGCGCUGUAUUUCAUAGUUGCUCUAUUAUUGUCGAUGACAUGUGCAACUCUCCCUCUCCCACCGUUCGCUUAAAGAUCCCCGUUGUGAGGAAAAAACAAUGGUGGUGUUUCUAAUAGGAGGCGAAGGAUGAUGAUACGUUGAGGGAAAGGAAGAGGGGGAAAGAUGAAGCGGCGGACGACGAUGAAGCGGAAGGGGCCAAACGAGGAUGGAGGGGCUGAUGAGGAGGAAGGAGAGGAGGAAGAAGGGGAGGUGGGUUUGUAUGCGUUAGCUGUCUCGUCGUCUGAAGGAGGAUUUUUGUGUUUAUAUGCCGGCAAGAGGAUUUGUACGCAUCAGCUGCAUUGUGAUUUGGUAUGAUGAAGAGGAUGGGAAGGAGGAGAGGGUGGAGGUGAAUUGAAGAGGAUGGGAAGGAGGAGAGGGUGGAGGAAUUGAGCACAGGGGAGGCGGAGGAGGAGGAAGGGGUAGACGGGAAGGGGGAGGAGGAAGAGGGCGAGCAGCGUGUACAUGCUUCAGCUCUGUGUCAUCUGAAGGAUGAGUUAUGAGUUAGUCUUCCGGAUUUGUCCGCUUCGGUUGCUUUGUGCGUUUCACGUGUCACGUUGUUUCUGCGUUGUCUUGUGCGAAAUGUGAUUUGGUCUAGAGCGCACAACGCCGGCUGUGGUGUUGGGCAUAGCCAGUCUUUUUGGCAUUUCAUGAGGUCCGAAGCGAGGCACAGGGUUGUGUUUCCCUCUUUUCGAUGUAAUGAGCGCUAUCUGUCAUCUGAUUUAAAUGUCAGUCUGAGCCGCUCAAGGGCGUACGCAGACUGAAAGUUAUUUACUCAUCUGUCGCGCACGUAGUAAACCGAUAUCCUCCUCUUAUAGCACGGAACACUCCGCAGCGGCGGGAGGGAGGAGGCUCCUCUUCUUGGUAGUCUGAAUAGCGAAGGCUGGCUCUUCGCUGGUUUGUUCUUUCUCCGUUGUCGAUGAUUUCUGCACCUUGGUUUGUUUUCUUGUUGUUAGAUUUUUUCUCCACCGUUCCUUUACGCUCGGGGGUGCUGAGGCGAAGAUCGAGAAUUUGAGCGAAGCGUAUUAUAGAGCGAUAAUUUGAAUCGAAGCGUAUUAUAGAGCGAGAAUUUGAAGCGAAUAGUAACGUAUGCACUCCUUCACAUUUGGGUGGUUGGUUGCUGGUCGGCGGCGUCAGGAAUAUUGACGAUUUUUCCAAAUUUUCAUUCCACUUCGGGGUCGAUUUGGAUCAGCCUUCGUGAUGUGGGAGGGCGAACCUACUCUCUUCCCUGAACACAAUGCACCCUCGAACAUGAAUGUAUACAAGCGAUAUUUCCGGUCUGAUGCAGUCUUGGUGAGGCUGUGUUGUGCUUGGGGGAACGCGGUACUUGUGCUUGUAAUUUGGGAGGCCGAAUCAGUUAGUAUCGGGGGCCAAAAAAUUCGGUCUUUUGGUAGUUGUGCUCGACGCUCGUGAUUUUGGAAGCUGGAGCACGGGGGCUCCCUACUGUCCAUUUUUCCGGUCCGAUGCGGCCAAAAUUAGGGUGCGUUGUGUUCGGGGGAAGUCGGUAGUGUGAAUGAAUGCAAGAUUGGACACAGACAGAGGAGCGUAGGGUGUUAACGUGAUUACGAGAAAGACAGAGAAUGGCAGAAAGUAACCUCCUUUACGUAUAUCGUGUCAUGUUAUGUGAUUGCACUUCUUCAGAUUAUUGGUGUUUGCUAGUGAAGUAGGAGGGGAGGCAGGCAGGCAGCUGCUGGGUCUCGACGUUUUUUGAGGACCAAAGCUUGUUUGCAUUAUGCAUCUGCCUGCCAAAUUGGUACAAAUUCCUUUCUUAAUUCUUUUUCUUAAAUUUUAGGAGGUUACUUUCUACCGGUCGACAUCAUGAUGGACUAGUUUAGAUGAAAAAUCUUUGUACCGGUUGCUACGGCCGUGUUUAUUACGAGGGGAGCGGGGGUCUAUUUGUUUUCCCGAUUGAUCUUAUGGUCAUGGAGGGGGACGGGGUAUGUGGUAUGAGACGGGGCAGCCGUGAAUUCUCUUUCAUGGCGUUUAUUGUGGCGAUGGUCUGAGUGCGUGAGUUGUUCCUUGUCCGUUGUUCGAUUGCCGCCCAAAUGUUUUUCAAGAAGUUUUGAUUCAUUUCUUUCAUUAAGAAUAAAAAGAAACGGAGAAAUGCUGAAAGAAAAAAAAAACUCAUCCGCCGCGUCUGGUAGAGAAGAAUGUAUAGCUUAUUUUUAAAAAAUAGUAAAAACAAAAGUAGAGA